AUCCCAGUGAGACCGUGGCACUUCUCGGCGUGCAUGAGUGUAAGGGUGUGUGUGUGAGUGUGUGAGAGCGAGCGAGCGAGCGUCAGCGCUCCCACAUGGCCUCCAUGCAGGACGGGCUGAACUUCACGGCUCCUCCCUACGGCAAGGUCCUGCUGCUGGGUGCUAUCGCUGCUGCCUCAGCCUUUGUUGUUACGAUCCUCAUUGUGGUGCUCUGUGUGGGCUGCCAGAGGAAGGGGAAGACACACAAUGUCCCCGGCGAGGGUGGAAAGCACCGCCUCAUGGACAUGGGUAUACUCAGGCAGUCGAAGCUGCGGUCCAUCAGUAAAUCAGACACUGAGAUGAACAAGAUGAACUGCAAUGGGAAAAGCAGGCAGCUUCCCCAGAUCCCCUCUGGGACUGGAGAGGACGGCGAGCACACUUACUCUGAAGUGGGCCGGCGCUCCUCCGCCUCACGUACUGACGAUGCCCUGUACGCCAUGGUAGGCAGGGCCGGGCAGACGGACACUCCGGCCCCUCCGGCCGUCCCUGCCAACACGCCGGCGCCUCCGGACCCAGACGGCGACGUGGAGGGAGGACUUCCCGAACCCGAGGCCCAGGUCAUGACCCCCCCUCACCCGCCGGAGACGGCCGAGUACGCCUGCGUCCGGAAGCUGAGGAAGGCCGACAAGGCGCCUCAGAAGAGGGACAGUGGGACAGACAUGGGCGAGCCGCCGGCGCCGCCGCCACGACACGCCCCGCCAUCACACCCAGCCCCUCCUCCACCACACCCCCACAGCACAAAGUUGCCCCGCAGAAACGUUGAGGCCUUUAACGUCCCGUCGUUCCCAAAGUUGGAGCAGACAGAACGGGUCAUAAUGGGAGUGUGCGGGGAACAUAUUACCUGGUUGUCUGGAAACUUCAUAGAGACCAACAAGGAAGUGAUGUUUAUGGGCAACGGGGAGCAGUACAUCUGGAAGCCUCCGGAGGACGACGACAUGCUCCUGCUCCAAAAUAAAGCCCUGGGCCCGCUGGGCGCUCACACGGUGGAGAACAUCCAGCCGUCUGCCGCCGCGGUGGCUGAGAUGUACUCUAAAGUGUGUAAACCAGGAAAGAAGAAGAGAGCCAUGCCGGGGUCUCCCCCAGGCAACCCCGGCUUCCGGACCUUGGGUCGAGGUGACCGGGACCGAGAUCGGGACGGGGGUUUUAGCGUAGUGGUCAAACCCCAAACGUGGGCACCUCAGGAGGGCAAGGCGGUGGGAGGGCCCCUGGACGACCACUGCUACGAGUCCAUCGGGACGGAGGAGUGCGACCUGGCCUACGACAACCUGGAGGGCGGGGGCGCCUGGAAGCGGGAGCGACCCCCCAACACGUGCGCCACCCUGCGACCGCGGAGGAAGAAAGCCCAGCAGCCCCUGCAGCAGCAGCAGCCCCCUCCGCCGCCGCCCACGCAGCAGACCCCCAAGCUGCAGCACCUGCCCGCCAAAGCCCUGCUGCUGCCGGGGGAGAACCUGUACGAGAGCAUCGGCGACCUGAAGCAGGGCUCCGCCACCUCCUCCACCACCACCAUCUUCACCUUCAACGAUGGCAUGGAGAUGUACGUAACGGGGCUCUGAGGCUGCACUGUGACCCCCCCCCCCCCCCCCCCCCCCCCCCAACCCCCGUGUCCUUCAAACAAGGAGCCGAGCUAAAACCACAAGGAGUGACGGCUGAGCCCCUGUCAUGCUCACCCACACAUACUGUUUACAUUCAAGUCAUAACAUCCAGCCCGGCUCGGGCCGCGGAGGCCUCGGGGCAGUAAAGUUGAUCUGUUAUGACCUGGGCUCCACACAACGUCCAAUCUAUCAAACUUAUAAGAAAAUCCAAAGGUAGUGAAUAAUGAGCACAAGACCUCUCUGCAGGUUACAGUAGCACUUCUAUUUUACUGAUACAUAUGUGCAAAGCACAAUAAAGUGAAAAAAAAGAAAAAGAAAAAAAAAGCCUAAAUUCUUCCUCAAUUCUAGCGGGUAAAAAUAGUCAUAUAUAUUUAUCUGGUCCGAGCAGGACUCCUAUUUAGGGAAAAGGCACAGCAUUGUGUGUAAUAUUUUGGUAGCGCUUAGUCUGUUGUGAACAGGCCUUCCCUGUAGUUGGUCAAGACGUGAUUCAGGAUUUAAAUGAUAUAAAGGAAUGAAUUACUAAUCAAAACACUUGAAAGCUCAGGGACCAAGAGAAACGAUUAUGAGAGUAUUAUAACAAAAAAAAUUGCACACAUUUUGCAUUCCUCCUAAA